UAAUAAUUCUGGCCACUUGCUGAAAUCUGUACACGCAAUUCAGAAAAUGCACAAGUUAAAGAUGCAUUAUUUGGCGGUUGGCUAUUGAUACCAUCCGCGUAGAUUCCCACUGAAAAACAUGCUGUUGCCAGAAGUGUUCGUGCCAUUUUUGGAGCUGAGGGAGGUGCCACUAUGAAUUCGGAUCCAUUGUUUAGCUCUUCUAGUCGGAAUUUUGUCUCUUCCCGGCAUCAUUCUCAACCUUCCGGCCAAUCAAAAGUUUUCCGGUCCAGCCUCCAUUUCUCCUCCAGAUCUCAUUUUUUCCAACAGUCUAAUCUAAGGAAAUUUGGAAGCUAAGAAGUAUUGAAAUGAGGCUUUCAUCCAUGCUUAAUGGGCUUGCAAGGUCCCUCUCAUUGAAGAAAAGGAGGAACAGCUCUGAUGGUCGCAAUUGUAGCGGGAGGGAAGCUGUGGAAGCCAUGGCUAAAGUGGCUAAGAAAACUGACAUGGUACGGAGAUCUUCUGGUUCCAUAAAUGUCGAUUGUUCUCGAAAUUUUUCUUCUGUUUUCUCCAAAAGAGGAGAGAAAGGAAUCAACCAAGACUGCUUCAUUAUUUGGGAGGAGUUCGGAUGCCAAGAGGACAUGAUAUUUUGUGGUGUAUUUGAUGGUCAUGGUCCCUGGGGACAUUUCGUGUCAAAGAUGGUUCGAGAAUCAAUGCCAUCAACCCUGCUUUGCAAUUGGCAAGAGUUAAUGGCUGAGGCUUCGGUGGAUCCGGAUUUCGGUUUAGAUGAUGACAAAUUGCUAAGUAAGUUUAACAUAUGGAAGAACUCUUUCCUGAAGGCUUGUGCAACUGUAGAUCAUGAACUGGAGCACCACCCUAAAAUUAAUUCAUUCUAUAGUGGAACGACUGCCUUAACUAUUGUCAGACAGGGUGAAGAGAUUUUCAUUGCUAAUGUUGGAGAUUCCCGCGCUGUAUUGGCUACAACCGAUGAUGAUGGGAACAUUGUUGCACUUCAGCUCACUGUUGAUUUUAAGCCUAAUAUACCCCAGGAGGAAGAGAGAAUAAAGCAGUGUAAUGGGCGCGUAUUCUGCUUGCACGAUGAACCAGGGGUGCAUCGACUCUGGCUUCCCAAUGAGGAAUCCCCAGGCCUUGCAAUGUCUCGAGCCUUUGGUGACCAUUGUGUGAAGCAUUGCGGACUUAUUUCUGUACCUGAUGUGACACAAAGGCAAAUAACAAACAGAGACCAAUUUGUGGUUUUGGCAACAGAUGGGGUGUGGGAUGUCAUAUCCAACCAAGAAGCCGUGCAAAUCAUAUCAACCACAGCAGACAGGGCGAAAGCGGCUAAGCGGCUUGUUGAAAGUGCGGGCCAUGCAUGGAAGCGCAAGCGGAGAGGAAUUGCAAUGGAUGAUAUUUCUGCUAUUGUUCUCUUCUUCCAUUCUCCCCCCUUUUGUGAGCAACACAGGGUUCGUAGACACUAACAGUUGAUUAACUUCACAAAGUGAAGAGUCACACAGAACAAACAAAAAAACAUUCAGCAAACUGCUGUGCUUUAUUUCAUUUGGUGGAAUGGUAGAAAUCAUUCCUUUUCCCUUGAGUUGCUUGAUUGCCUUUACCAGAUUUCUUUGCCGUUUUGAAGGAUUCUUUUACUCCGGUCCCUUAUCCUUGAGUUGCUUGUUAACAUCACGUUAUCUAAAUCUUAACAAAAUAUAAACUACAUACAGA